CCCCACGCCCACGUUUUAUAACUUUGAUUAAAGACUGAAUCAAAGUCCACUGGGUUCUCUUUCCAUCCUGUAAAAAUAGCACUGGGGUCUUCAUAGACACCUGCAGCUAUGGCUACAUUUCCAGGUCUCGAUUCUAAUCGAAAAUAAGGCAUCACACUGCUAAGCACGCAACAUGGUUAUGAGUAGGGUACUCAUCUCUGGUUAUACAUUCGGCAUGAUUUGGCCAGAGAACAUUCUGAUUCGGCACAUCAGCUGUUGACAGGAAGCAAGAAUCUUUUAUAUUUGAAAGAAAUAAGGAGACAAUUCAAAUUUGAUAAGAUGUUACAUGAAAUUCUGUUGUCGUUAUCAGGCUGGUCAACCGGUAUCUUACAGUUUGCAGAAUCAGAUAAUCCAGAAUUGGAGAAGGUUCUCCAUCCAGGAGAAAGAUUAUUGAUAAAAGAGAUUUCAGCUAUAGCUGAUGAAUUAAAUGUAAUAAGAAAAUUUGUAAAACAGCACAAAUUAAUUCACAAUAAAGCAGGCAAUGCAAAUGAUGCCGAAUAUCUAAGACCAGGGCUAUAUCUUCGUGCAUUAUGCAAUGGUAUGGAUCAGGCACUGGAGCCAUUUAAUCAAAAUAUUGUAGAUCUGGAACAGAUUAUUUUAAAUGAUGCACAUACACCACUAUCGUUAAUUCUUUGUCAUGUACAAAAGUAUAUCCCUUUAAUCUCUGUCCUUAAUUCCAUAAUACGUGAGAUUAUUACGCAAAAGACACACGGAUGUAAAUUACUACAAUGUCUACAUCGUUACAUGCACACUGGUGUCCUCGAUGUCAAAGUGGCUCUUGAAAAAAUGGUACACUGCUGUCAUAUAAUAUUUUAUAAGCAACUUACAAGUUGGCUCUUGUAUGGACACUUGGAGGAUAGUUACAAAGAAUUUUUCAUUCAGAAAAUACCAGAUGUCAAAAAUAAUUUAGCACUUGUCAACGACAAGGAUAGUUCUGGCAUUACUGAAGAGCAAAACUCUGGGAAAUCCCUUACAGACAUGUGGGAUUACGACAUACAAGUCGAUAUGUUACCUUCUUACAUCAGACCAUCCCUAGCAGGGAAAGUUCUCACUAUUGGUCAAACUAUUAUUAUGUUUGGCAAUGAUCCUCGACAAAAAAAAGAUUUUAAUGUCUUCACAAAGGCUGAAAAUUCAAUAUGGGGCGAAAAGGAAUAUGAAUACUUCCACAAACUUCAGAAUCUUCAAACGAGACCGACUUUCAGUAUAAUUGAAUUUGAGCGAACUGUCGAUGAAUUGAAGCGAUGCGUCACUGAACAUCUUUGGCGGGUCGCAGUUGAGGAGGCUCAACUUAUGCAACAACUGAAAUUGAUAAAAGAUUUCUACCUCUUUGGACGCGGCGAUUUGUUUUUGGAAUUUAUUGGUCUUACUGCUGAUAUACUUAAGAAGAUACCCACGAGCCAUACGUCGCGAGAUGUAAAUCUAGCAUUUCAGAUGACUUUAAGGAAAAUGCAUCUUAACGAUGAAAGCGCUGUGGAAAGUUUCAGCUUUCUUGUUCCAGUUCCUGAAACAGAAACUGAAAAAAAUGAUGAUGAGAUAAAAGAUAGCGCUGGGAUUUCUGAAAAGGAACGACAAGAUCCCAUUGAAAAGCGAGGCUGGGGCUUGAUUAUUCUUCAAUAUAAAGUUGUGUGGCCAUUACAUUUAUUGUUCAGCCCAACAGCUUUAAAGGAUUAUAACACUGUAUUCCGAUUUCUCUUACGAGUUAAAAAGACUCAAAUUAAUUUGAGAAAUCUUUGGAGCGAACAUAUGAGAGCAAAAAAUGUUGAGAUCGGUGUUACUCAAUUGAGAAAUAAUUUGAUCUUUGCUGUUGACAAUUUGCAAUAUUAUUUGCAAGUGGAUGUUCUGGAGAGUCAGUAUACAAUAAUGGAAAACAGUAUGAAGAAUACAAGAAAUUUUGAAGACGUACAGAGUGCACAUUCAAUCUUUUUGGCUAAUAUAAUGUCUCAGACAUUUUUAUCAGGAUCCACUACGGGAAGAGGAAAUCCAGUAAAUAAAUUAAUACGUCUUCUCUUGCGACUCUGUGAUGAUUUCAUUUUACAAACUUCUAUGUGGGAAGUCGAUAAUUUACUUCCAACUGAAAAAGAAGAACUGAAAAAUCUUUCUGAGGCUUUAGACGGUCUCAUGGAUUGGUUAACCAAAACCUUAAACAAGGUUCGUGCACAACCCUGUGGAGAGCAUCUAGCACAAUUACUUUUGCGAUUAGAUUUUAACAGAUGGUUUAGUAGGAAAGUUUAGCUUAUUCUAAUUAGUGCCAACGAAUUAAUACAGAAGAAGAAGAAAAGUUUAGACUGUUGCGGAAUCUCUGAAAUACUAUGACUAAAUAUUCAUGACUAUUAGUGAUCUUCAAGGCCUGUCCCUUAUUCGUCCUUAAUAUAUUAGCAAUUAUGUGUUCAUGUCAUCCUACGAAGAAGUAUUUAAUAUAUAAUCAAAUAUUUUUCUCUAUGUGAUGAAUAUAGGUACUGCCAGUCGAAUUACAAUUUAUUUUAGAGUUGCCAUAAUAGUAUUUAUUUAACACAUUCUAAUUAUAAAACACCUUGGAGAAUACUGUAUCGAUGAAAAUUAAAUGUAUAAAAUUUCUUAGAUUACACUACAUAUAUGCACUGA